CAUCCGGGUGCCCCUACUCUGUUCUGUCUUUAAGUCUCUCAGGAAGACUUGCUACUCUUCUUUACACGUGACAGCACGUGGCUGUCCUUACAUCUCCUAGUCAUUCUAUUACCCGUCUUGUCUUUAUUCUGAAUCACCGAGUGAAAAGCCUUUGUCCCCGAAUGUGAAGAAAGCAAUUUCCAAAAGCACUUUUUCUCAGCCCUCUCAGCAGACAGUUAGAGUCUGUCCCUAACACACAAAGAAAGGAAGAGGAAAAGGAGAAAGGAGCAGAGGAUGGGGUGGUAGAGAAAAAAAAGGCACAGUGGGGGUGGAGGAGAGAGAAGUAGGCCGACCCCUGCCUGCUACAAAAACCCAUGCUGUGGUUUUCAAAGACCAUAUAUACCAGCCGUGAAGGUGUGAGCAGUGACGGAAGUGGGAGACGCCCGGGGAGCAAGUCAGGGGCUGAGGCUCCAUCAAAGUGCCUUCACCAGAGCCCCCGGCCUACGAGCAAGAAAGAAGGACGUCAGUCCGGAGGAAAUCGAGGCCAAGGACAUCACUGGAGCCAACGUUUGCUUUGAGUUUCUGCAGCUGCUGACAACGUGCCGGACCCUGAUGGCACCUGGCAGAGGCUGCUUGGUCCUGGCCAUUCUGCUGGCAAUGGUGGACAUCCGACUUGGUGGGUGCUUGCACAUCCUCAGCUCAUUUUCCCAGGAUGGAAAGCAAUUAAGCUUGAUCUGUACUUUGCGGCAUACAAAAGAAGAGGCUGAGGGUGCUAUAGUGUUUUUGUGCAAGGACAGGUCUUCGGGCUGUUUCCCUGAGACCAGCCUGCGGCAACUGAGACUUCGACGGGAUCCCAGGGAAGAUGGCAUCAGCGAAAGAUCAUCUCAGUUGGUGUUCACCAUAAACCGUGCCACACCAUCGGACAGCGGGACCUACCAGUGUUGUGCCACAAGCCAGAGGCCAGAUAUGCGCCUUCAGGGCCACUUUUUCUCUGUUUUAGUCACAGAGGCAGGGAACUACACAGUCAAAGGAUUGAAGCAAAGAAGACACCUCGAGUUCACUCACAGUCAAGGCACUCCCAGUUCAGGCUUUCUGCAAAAGGUCUGGGUGAUGCUGGCCACUAGCCUGCUGGCCCUUCAAGCUUUGUAAGCCUGUGCCAGAAACUUAAAAAAAAAAAAAAGUUACAGCAAGAUUAGCCUGACUCUGUAGCUUGCUGCCUUUCACAUUGCCACAUACAGAGAAGAAGACAGCACAGGGAAAGAGAUGCUAAAUACGCCAAGAAUCUGGGGAAUAGAAGGUGGGGCAAAUGAGCAUAUUCCUUGACCUGCUCUCCUCACCACCAGAUCAAAGCUUUCUUCCCACCCUGUCACCAGUUAAAAGAACAGCUGUUACAAAAGUGGAUGGUGUACAGUUCUCACUCAAAUAUUGGAUAAGUAUGUGUGGUUUUGUGCCCAAGAAAAACGUUUUCCUUCCCCCUCCUCCAACACAGUAAACAAGGAAGCCAAACAAAAUGAGAACACCAACUUUUUUGGAAGAGAUUUUUAUUUGACACUAGAAAGAAGAGAGAAGAAACAGGCAAAGAUAGGUAGGAGAAGAAAGCCAGAGCCAGUGACUGACUCAGCACGAAACCAAGGAAAUGAAGAGACCCUGGCAUUGGGCAGAACCCCCCCCUCCACCCAGCGCAGCUGAAGGAAGAAACAGCUGUGUGCCAAGCCGCAACACGGAGCAUAAGUGCCCAGCUUCAACCAUGUUUUUGUCCAUCUCUUUGGUCACAUCUCUUUCCUUUUAAAUAAAUGCCCAAAGCAAUA